AAAACAGAACACCACAAGUCUUGUGCAGUUGGAGUUCAACGCACGCUUUCCUCAGUUCGUAGCUUGUUUUGCGUUUUUCUUGUACCCUCAAAAUGAAAGAAGGAAAUCUAUUUGUUUGGUGUCUACUCUUUCUGUCGGUGUCGUCCACCGCUUUCGCUAAGGUAAGAUAAAUCAGCACACAGAAUUGACUUUUCUUAAACUAUGCAAAAAAGAGCGAAGAACGAAUCUGAUUGAAAGACGGUUUAAGUUGUUGAGUCUGUUAGUAAUAAAGGCUUACAAAAAGUAGCGGCUACAUUUUUCCAUGCAUCGGCGUAAGUGAAAACGAAAAUUUCAACUUUGAAAUACUUUUGAGAUUACAGCUUCGUGUCGAGAUUAUAUUCUUAAAUGUAUAUUUUUAAAAGAGAGUUUGAAAACACAGCUUGCAAAUUAUAAAUGGCACUCCUGUCUUCCGCUCAAAGGACGACAUUGGGUCAAUCAAGUCAGUCCACGAAAGGAUUUAUUACAAAACGCACAUCUCUUGUUUAGCGUCCCUUCUCCGAGAGAGAACAAGAGAGAAUGAUGACUCUAAGAAUCUAAAAAAGGCAGAUGAUUGGCUAAGCUUCGUUUAUGCUUAAUGUCAAUCAUUUAUUACUGACCUGAACCCAAAUUUUGCUCAAAAGUGCAAGGUGCAAGUGAGUAUACUGUUAUUUUUGAAAUUUAUUUAACACAGAACUCAAACUCGUGCUUCCAAGGAUCCCCUGGCCUCCCCGGACGUAACGGAGUCAAUGGACAUAACGGGUUACCAGGCCGCGAUGGCCGAGAUGGAGCUAAAGGUGAAAAGGGCGUGGCAGGUCCCCCUGGAUCACGUGGUAUGAAGGGAGAAAUGGGACCAAGUGGAACAGACACUGAUCACCGGAAUUGGAAACAGUGCGCGUGGAAGAGUCACGAUACUCGUGACAUUGGACUGAUCAAGGCUUGUUAAUUUAUCUGUGAUCAAAGCUAUAGUUCAGUUAGCAUAAUAAAUACUCGUCAUAUAAAAAUAUCAUCCCAGCCACUGUGCUUCGCCUGCCUUUUUAGUUAUUGUUGAACGAUGUCCAUGCAGUGGUAUAUUCGCCUAGUAUAACGAAAUGUAGGGUGUAUAAUGCCCUCCUGAUAAUGACAAUUUCUCUGAAAAUAAUUGUUCAGAACUAAUUUGUUGUUGCAGGAUUGUCACUUCACUAAAACCAAGGAUGACACAGCUCUUCGUGUUGUUUACCAGGGAAACCUGUAUUUGGGAGGAUGUGGCGGCUGCUGUAAGCGAUGGUUCAUCACUUUCAAUGGAGCCGAGUGCAGUGGUCCCCUGCCUAUUGACGCAGUGCUGUGGAUCCGAAAUAAAGACGAAGACAACCACAGACCCGGGUUCAUUGAGGGCUACUGUAACAACAUACACAAGGGCAAAAUCCGAGUUGGAAUCAAUAUUGGAAAUUGUGCAGGAUAUGGAAACUCCGAUGGCAACACAGGCUGGAUUUCAGUGUCCCGUUUGAUCAUUGAAGAAGUUCCUCGGUCUCAGUAACAAGUUGAAAAGCGUCACGUGAUUAUUA